AUGCUCGAAUUCUAAGGGAGAUCUAGUGAUAAGUAAUUGACAUUAGAACCUGAUGCUCAAGGACUAUCAAUGUAAUAUGUUGCUGAAGAAUAAAAUCUGCAAAAACAAUGUCUUGAUUUAAAGUUGGCUAGAGAGGAUUCUAAAAAUUAAAAAACUGUUUUUGGUAACUAAUUUGGCUAUGCUGCCAAAGCCACUCGGAGAAUUAGUGACAUAGCAGAAGAAGAAAUCAAGGAAGCAUUAAAUUUUGACAUUUUGAGAAUCAAACCUGGAAAACAAUACAAAGGAGCAAAAUCUAAAGAAUCAGAAGAUUCUGCCAUUAAGAUCCUUGAGUUACUGAAAUUGAGAGACUACUAUUCAUUCGAUGGCCAUGAAUAAAGUGAAAUUUCAAGCAAAUUUGUUUAAUAUAACUCUAAAAAUGAACCAUAUAUUAUUUGGAAUAGAAGAGUUGAUGUCCUACCAAUCUUAGAAAAUACUGAAGUUCUCUAAGAAGAUGGAAUCAUUUUUACGAAGUCAGGUGAGAAUAUUGAUGUCAUUGUACCAACUAUGUUGUAAUUUAUAAGUGAUUUAAUCAAUCUAAUGAAAUGUGUAGGUAAUAAUUCAAUUGCUAGCUUUUGUUACGAUAGACUCAAAUUCCUAGAGUAAAAAUUUUAAAUGCAUGAAAUUUUCAAUCAUUAAAAUGAAUAAUUAGAUUAAAAGAAUAUUAUAAGAAGAGAUUUUUAUAAUGUCUUUAAAGUAGACACUCACAUUCAUCAUUCAGCAGCCAUGAGUGCAAAACACUUGUUGGAAUUCAUUUAAAGGAAAUAUGAAAAGUGUGGAGAUGAUCAUGUUGACAUCAAAGAUGGAACUAAGAUUCGUUUAAAAGACAUCUUCAAAAGUAUUAACGUUGAUCCCAUUGAUUUAUCCUUGAAUACUCUGGAUGUGCAAGCAGACAAAGGAAUCUAUAAGAGAUUUGAUAGAUUUAAUAAUAAGUAUAAUCCUAUGGGCACUCCUAAAUUAAGGGAGAUAUUUCUGAAGACAGAUAAUUACAUUAAAGGGAAAUACCUUGCAGAUUUGACUAAGGAAUUGAUGGAUCAAUUAGAUAAACAACAAUAUGUAGGGUGUGAAUGGAGAGUAUCUAUCUAUGGCAAAUCUAUGGAAGAAUGGCAUAAGUUAGGAAAGUGGUUAAUAAAGAACAAACUCUACUCUUCCAAGGUUAGAUGGAUGGUUCAAAUCCCCAGACUCUAUAGUGUCUAUAAAAAGUCUGGCAUGAUUCAUUGUUUUUAAGAUAUGAUUGAUAACAUCUUUAGACCUCUCUUUGAUAUUACAAUUAACCCAACCAUAGACCCUUUUCUAUAUCAAGCCUUAUUCCAAAUAACAGGCUUUGAUACUGUUGAUGAUGAAUCUUUGUAUGAAUACUUUGCAAUUUCAGACUUGAAAUAAUGUCCUAAGGAUUGGGCUGGAGAUAGAAAUCCACCUUAUACCUAUUGGAUUUAUUACAUUUAUGCAAAUUUAUAUACUUUAAAUGCCUUAAGAAAGUAGAGAGGAUUAAAUACGUUUAAAUUUCGACCUCAUUGUGGAGAGGCUGGAAACAUUGAUCAUUUGGCAACUGCCUACUUGGUAUCCGAUGGUAUAAAUCAUGGGUUGGAAUUGCAAAAGUCUCCAGUUUUGGAAUACUUGUUUUAUUUAAAAUAAAUUGGAAUAGCAAUGUCACCAGUUUCAAAUAAUAAAUUGUUUUGUCGUUAUUAAAAAUCUCCGUUUUAAAAGUACUUUUAAAUUGGUUUGAAUGUUUGUUUAUCAACUGAUGAUCCAUUGAUUUUACAUUUGACAAAUGAACCUUUGUUAGAAGAAUAUGCUAUAGCAUCAUAGAUUUUUGAUUUGUCAGCCAUUGAUUAGGCUGAAUUAGCCAGAAAUUCAGUGAGACAAAGCAGUUUCGAAAAGGAAAUCAAAGAUUUUUGGAUUGGAGAAAAUUAUAAUGAUAGAAUUGCAUAAAAAAAUGCUGAAGAUCGAAAUAACCUACCAGCCACAAGAUUCAUGUAUAGAAAAGUGACUUUGAAUGAAGAGUACGAACAUCUUGAUAAACUAAAUAUUUUUGAUAAACUAAAUAUUUGAAGAGUUGUUAUGAUACUUAAAUAUUCAAAUAUAAUUGUUA